CUCCGAUACCCAUGCCAUUCCAUACCAUGUCACAGAACCUCCGCUAUCGAUAAUGCACCUGCAGUGUUUGCCUGUCAAUCGCGCGUCGCACGCCAAAUCAUCAACACUCCGCCAUCACUUGGAAGCAAUCACAUCUUCACCCAAGUGACAUACAGCUGUGGCUUGGCUCGCUGGCAAGAGGUCCAGCUCCAGCUCCAGCCUGAACCACUGCGUUCAAGCCGUUCGUACACGCAAAAGCAGUCAAUUCAUCUCGAAACGCGUCAAUGCGGCGGAGACGCGGCUGCAUUUGACACAUGCCGCAUCACACCUGCAAGUUUGCUACUCUUCUUCAGUUGCGGCUUCCAAUCCUUCCUCACCAUCCGGCAUUGUUUCCAGAUUUCUGCCUCGACUUCUCCCUCUUACCACAGCUUUCCGAGAACAGCUGAUCGCAGGUAAUAUUCGUCAACCAAAAAGCAUCAAAAUGGACGUCAACAAGACUUCCUUCUAUCCUUUGCUGCCAGACAUCCUCACCGACAUCUCCAAGGCACAUUUCGUCGCCAUCGACCUGGAGCUUUCCGGCAUUCCUUCUCAUGUAUCAUGGGGAGCUGGCAAACGCACUCUCGACGAGCGAUAUCAAGCAGUCAAGGAAGCCGCAGAGCGGUAUCAGAUUCUACAAAUCGGCCUCACGUGCGUCGAGCAAGAUGUUCUGAAUGACCGGUACAUUCUACGGCCCUACAACUUCGACCUCUGCCCACUCAUUUACGAACGUGGACUUGAUGUCGAGCGAAAUUUCUCGUUUCAGUCUGGCGCCGGCGAGUUUCUCAUGGGCGUGGGCUUCGACAUGAACAAGCCCUUCCGGGAUGGCGUACCAUAUCUAAGCCGUUCAGAAGCACGGCAGGCACGAGAAAGCUACGAGAAACGGCAGAAGCGCGGCAACAUUGCUGAUAUAGAGGUCAAGCCAACUGAAACCGAGACCCUAGCAUUCAUGGACCGCGUACGGAAGGAGGUUCAGGCAUGGGUUGACUCCAAAAACGUGGCAACGCACGAUUACCUCAACAUUGCGCCGGCUGGCAGCGACGUUCUCGUUAAUGGCGAGUCGUCAGCUGAAAUGCCGCGUCUGGAGAAGAGGCUUGUCCAUCAGCUUGUUCGUGCUGAGUUCCCGGAACUGGUGACAUUUGGCCGGCGCAAUUUCGUGCAGAUUGUCAAGUUCGACAAGGAGCGUGAGGAUCGCAUAGCAGUAGAGAGGAAGGAGCGAUUCGAAGCACAGCUGAAUCGACAAAAGGGUUUCCGAUGGAUCAUUGAGGCCAUGCAUGGCUCCAAUAUUGCCAAUCUAGACCUGAUGGAGUGCGCGAAGGACGCCCCAAUCUUUGCUGAUAUGGAUACGCUCAAGGCCGAAUUCUUUCGAGCGCAAAACCUGCUUCGAGGCUGUCCACGAGUCAUUGUUGGCCACAAUUGCUUUCUCGACAUGGUCUACAUCUACCACACCUUCAUUGGUCCCUUGCCUGCCACCGCGGAAGAGUUUCAGCAGAAGCUGCAUAAGCUGUGGCCCAUGGUCAUCGAUACCAAGUACAUGUCCACUCAUAACUGUGGUGACAUUCCCCCAAUGUCCUCCCUGGAGCAGAUAGCCGACCAAUUGAAGCACCUGGAGACGCCAGUAGUCGAGACGGACAGCCAGCAUCGCAAAUACAUCGACACGACGCCAUUCCACGAGGCCGGCUAUGACAGCUUCCUCACAGCUCAGGUGGCGGUAAGACUGUCUGCCAAGCUGGAAGCCGAAGGAGCUUACGUCGAUGUGAACACGGCUCAGAACGGAGUGGCUGGCAUGAAGCUAGCAGAUGCUGCUCUCAAUGCACCGAACACCUCAGCAGCUGGGACUACAAACAGUACGAAGGACGAAAAUGCACCGCCGAAGGAGGGAUUCACGCCUUCAGUGCCCGGUGCUAAGUGGAAGCGCCGUGGAGACGACACAAUAGGCCAGGCCGAUCCUAAUGAUCCCUUCUACAAGAACCCGAAAGAUCUUAAAUGGAGACACGUGCCCAACCACGUCACCGUCAAGAACGGCAUGCCAAUGUUUAAUUCGGACUUCUGGCGAGUCUAUGGAAACAAGCUUCGUGCCUUUGGCACAGUGGAGGAGGUCUGUAAUCUUGACGGCGGCUCAAACACACCAUUGAGUGAUGAGGAUGGUGGAGUCGAGGUCGACACGUAGGGAGACGCCAGGCUCAGUACUUCAGUUCCCGACCCGGAACCAACCAUGCAAGCAAGGCACAAGGCUCGUCGACAGAAGCAAAAAUACAGCUUGAGCGAGGCGUCGGAGCUUCAUGCUUGGUAUUGGGGCCCGGAUCUUGAUACUGUAGGAUGGACGGCCAUGCAAUACUACUUCGGCUGGCGCUUGUCAUAAUCAAAAGCUUGAGGCGAGGCUGUGAGGCUAGUAUGAGGGCCAUGCGUUCAGCAGCACGCUAGAAUCAUAAGUGCACCUAAGUAGAUUCCAAGAACACUGAUAAAGUAUUCAAG